GAAGAGAGGAAAAAGCCAUUUAUUUAUUCUUGAAAAGAAAGUAGGUAGGAAAUUAAAAAGCCACUAUACAGCUAGACAUACGUAUUUUAAAGAGAAGGAUGCUUUGGAAGACUUUGUUGCUGCUGCUGUUCUAUUACAGUGCUCAUGCUACUGUGACCCACAGAUGGAGCAGAGCUAUGCUUUUCCCAGCUGCUCAGCGAUUCAAGAGGUCCUCAGCCGCCUUCCUUAACCCAGUGCUACAAAACUCACUGGAAGAUGUGGUCCUGCUUUAUGAGUUUCUUUUAGCUGAGCUUGACAUUGACAAAGGUCAGAGGAUCUCCAUCAAAGAUGAGGAGCUUGCUUCACUGAGGAAGGCUGCUGAGUUUGACACCAUCUGCAAUGAGAUUAUCCCCAAGAGCAUCACAGAGAUCCGCAGGCUGAGUAGCAGGCUGUCUUCCUACCCACGGGUCCUCAAGAAAGAAGACUUUGAAAGGACAGUGCUGACCAUGGUCUACACAGCCUACAGAGCUGCUCAGUCCCAGGGGCACCAGAAAGACAUUUGGGUUGAAUCCUUUGUCAGUCUUUACAAAGCCCUGAAGCACGACUUGAUGUUGCCAUACAGCAAAGAGACAUCAUCAUGGGAGACUUGAUGCAACGGCAACUCAGCCAACUCUUCUGGUUGAUAAGGGACACGUAGCAUGUCCUGAACU